AAAACCAUCUUCAUUGAAAAACAUGACUCAAGCGGUGUUGGAGUAUAGCCUUUUAAUAGCCUAUUUGCCUCUAAUGCACUCUACUAAUAAGUGUUGAAUGAUACCUUUGCCCACACACUAGAACAGUUACCAUUGACGAUCAAUGCAUGCUGCGAUUAAACCAGUCACGAAUCAUUUGAAAAGCGAAAUUGCACUUUUCCACACAUAAAGCUCUUAACAGUUAAUUGGCUGAAAGCGAGUAAGAUUAAUUAAAAUUUCCUCUUUCGUGGCGCAUUUUCAUUCGUAUAAACCAGAAAAUGUAUCGUGACCCGGCAGCAUCUGCAUUAUACCAGCAAAAAAUGGCUUCAGGAAGACCCAUCAAAUGCGUUGUUGUUGGUGACGGAACGGUAGGGAAGACAUGUAUGCUCAUUUCUUAUACAACCGACAGUUUUCCCGGCGAAUACGUUCCCACGGUAUUUGACAACUAUUCCGCCCCAAUGGUAGUGGAUGGGGUGCAAGUUUCACUCGGACUCUGGGAUACCGCUGGUCAGGAGGAUUACGAUCGAUUACGACCUCUAUCGUAUCCACAAACGGAUGUAUUCCUCAUAUGCUUUAGCGUUGCCAGCCCGUCUUCUUUCGAAAAUGUUACUUCCAAAUGGUAUCCAGAAAUAAAACAUCACUGCCCAGACGCACCAAUCAUACUUGUCGGUACUAAGAUUGAUUUACGCGAAGAUCGAGAAACAUUGAGUGCGCUUGCUGAGCAAGGUUUGUCGGCGCUAAAACGUGAACAGGGACAAAAAUUAGCUAACAAAGUUCGUGCUGUCAAGUAUAUGGAGUGUUCAGCAUUGACGCAGCGUGGUCUUAAGCAGGUAUUUGAUGAAGCUGUACGAGCAGUCCUUCGACCAGAACCGCUCAAACGACGCCAACGAAAAUGUGUUGUGAUGUAAACGGAGAAUGUCUUCUUAUGAGAUUCGAAUACUACCGACAUCUCUUGUAUAUAGGAUUAAGUAGUGGAAAACUGAAGAAUCACAAAAAAAUCAUAAGCAAAUUCCAAACAAAACAAUAUUCAAAAUCUUAGUUUAAUGUGUCUCUUCGUACAGUUUUAAAAAUAUAAAACAAAAGAUGAAAAUAAGUCCCUGAACAACCAAAUAUUAGGCAAACUUUUUAAACCGUUCUACCGUGGAAAAACAUUCAGAUCUUUUGAAAACAUUUUUGUGCCAUCGUAACUAAUCACGAUCGAAUUGUAAGAACAUGUUUAAAAGAAUCCGUAUACCUCACGCCUCGUUGCAACCAAUUUUCAUUUCUCAUCUAUCGUUAGAAGGAAGACUGUGUUUCUAAUCUGAUAGAGUAACAACCGAAGACAAAGUGAGAACACAAGGCACCAAUUUUAUGCUACCCAUCGAAAUAAAAUUCUGCCAACCGUACGAGCGAAUUAUAAGUACAUUUAUAUUUACGACUAAUCCUAAAACAAUAAACAAAGGAUCGAAAUCGGUAAGGCCUAGCUAGAGGGUUUAUUGUUUACUGCUGUCCAUUGUUUUUCAAUCAUUUAUCCGAUUGGCAAUGCCAAAACCCAUUUUGGCACUGGAAAAAUCUAUUUUGACAAUGGCAUUUUGGUAAUGUCAUAAUCGAUCUUGGCUAUGUCUAUGUCCGAUUUGCAUCGCCAAGCAUGUAUUGUUUUAUAGAAUCAGAAGAGACAACCAUCCAAACUUAGACGAUGAAAAUGCUGUUACGUUAUGUAGCUGCGGGAUGGACGUCUUAUAAGACAGUACAUGGAAUGACACUAACAUGCAAAAAAAUCAAAUAUAUUUAAGUAGGACACCAUGACAUCAUUUUAUUGCUUUGUAAUAUGAUUUCCAACAUAACUACACGUACAAAACAGCUUUUGGAAUACAAUAGUUUUUACAACACCUUGAUCUAAAUUUUAACACCACUGGUAAUGAGACUGAAAAGAUAGAAACAAAAACUAGACGAUGUAUCCCAAAACCAAUUCUAAACCUUCUUGUAUUUUAUGCCAUGGCACCAACACAAAUACCCAAACGAUGCGUACCGAAAGACAAAGGGGAAGGAUUAGGAAACGAUACUAAUGAGAGACAAAGGAGUAAAAGGACUGUUUGUAAUGUGUUCUGCUAGUUUCGAUUUUUUUUACGGGAAAUGCAGUCAUCGGUUUUUAAUGCACAUCGAAAUGUGGUAACUUAUUCGUGAUUCCGUACAAAAUAUGAAUUUCAUUGAGACGCCUUUUUCGAGUGAUCGCUAAUCGUUGAUCGAGUUAAUCAAAUAUUGACCUCAAUUAUUGGCAGUUGCAAAACUCAAAUUUCUGACAUAGAAUAAGAACAUGUUGAAACGAUUAAAGGUACCUAAAUAUAAUUAACAUUUUAUUUUUGAAUUGUAAAAAUGGCUGAACUGUCCUUGUAUUCAUUUAAAAGUAAGCCAAUAAUGAUUCGCAAAAUAUCCUCCUGUCAGUUGAAUUCUCACUACAAAAUGUAUCCUUUUAAUCCUUUGUCUUUUGUGGUAAAGCAUGCCUUUGAGUAAACAAGAUAACCUUAAAAACAUUUUCAAAUGCUGCUUUGGUUGAAACGUAAAUAGAAAAAAAAUGUAAAUCUAGUCAGUAGUGCCCCUUGAAAAAUAAACAUAAAAUUGAAACAAUCUGAUAGAAACCAAUGAAGGCACUAAUCAAAAUAUUAACAGAGGACAGCUAUGAAAAAAUGUCAAUUUCUGGGUUUACUAAGUAUGAAGAAGAAGAUGACUUUCCGUUAUUGAAUACUCAUUGUAUGUAUCCUUUAAGUGUGUUACAAGUGAUUUUAAUUCGUACGUAAAAUCAAAACUGAGUUUGUCAUAUCAUAAAAAAAAUCAUUACAAAACCACAUGUGUAUGGUAUAGUGUUAAAAAGCUGACUUUAAAUACCGAUUCAGAAUUAGGUGACCGUUUCAAUAAACGCUCAUCAUUGGGUAACGGUUAUGAUUUCAACCUUGUACAAUUUACCCAUUUGUGAAUGCUUCAAACAAAUUAUGAAUGAUCAUCAUCGGGAGGGCAAUUAAGUAUGUUAAUAAUAGAACUAAUUUGUUUUGUUUUGAUAAAAUAUGUAUUUCCGUAUGGUUUUAAUUUUAACUACUCCAAUUGACGUGUCACAUGAAACAAUGUACUCGAAUGCAGCUUCUUAUUUAUGCUAAAUGAUUCCCUAGGUUUGUUUGUUUCAAUAAUUUAAUUUCAUUCGUAAGCAUUUAUAAACAUUUCUUUUUAUUGUAUUGCUAAUGACAGUAACAUUUUCUAUGAUUGUAGCAUAUAACUAUGAAAUAUAUAUAUUUUUUUCCGAA